AUGUCAAACACUUUAGUUCAAAGAGUCUCAGAAGUUAAGAGAAGGAGAGUGGAGAUUAUUCCUCACGUUAAGUUAGAAAUAGUUGAUUCAGUAAAAGAACUUGUCAAAGAAGUACGGAAAGUAGAAAAAGAUAUCGAUGAGAUGCAAGUAGAUGAGGUAGAUGAGGUAGAUGAGGUAGAUCAAAUUGAUAAGAUGGAAGACAUACAUAAAUCUGAAUGUCCUUGUGGAUAUUUGCAUGGACCAGGGCAAGGUCAUCACGAUGAUAUAAAUGCUGUUGGUUUAAGUAGUCAGCCUUUAUUAAGAGGUCCCGAUUAG